CCCUCUCCACAAAGUGCACGUGUGCGCCAGCUGAUACUGACGAACUGUCAGAACCGCGCGCUUGCGCAAUGAGGUGAUGGGGGAUUUCCAGCAGUAAAACGGAAAAGCUUGGAGUUGGUUCAGAAAAUGCAAACCAUCAUUAUCUUACUCUUCUCUGCAUAGUGACCUUGAACUCACUACUUUGGUUUAAAUGACAUGGCAGAGCCUACACCACUGGAUUCAACUCUGGACCACUAGACCUUUGAUCACCAACUACUAGCCCCAUCUUGCUUCUGCUUAUUUGUCCUCAUUUGUCCUGGUGAACCCACAUGGACUGUCAGCUAAAACAAUAACCAGAAAUGCGCAAGUGUGGUCCUACAGGCAAAAGCCUAGCCAUCCCAGUUAGCCUAAAUCAGGAAACAGUAAAAUUACACCAACACCCUCUUGUCAUCUAAAGAAUGGUGACGGCUUCCUGAAUCCAACCAGGGGCGCAUUCUUGUGCGUUUCUCAACAUCCUCCGCGGAAUCCUUUUGUGUGUGUUCACGUGUGACCUGAGAUGGCGGCGUAGGGGGGCCGCUGAGCGCGUCGUCCCGGUCCGGGGCAUGAGUGAGGGAGCGAGGGAGGGGCGUCACGGCUGAGCAGUUCACUGCCGCACUGCCAAUGGAUGCUAAACUGCAAGAGGACCUGUUCCGGAGGUACGUUGCAUGCCUGGAGAGGCGGCUGGAGGACGGUGGGGGCAACGCGGGCCCUGGGGGAGGCGCUCCUGAGGCCGGCAGCGAGGCCCUACUCUCCGCGGCCACAGCCCUGCUUGGGGCCUACCAGCCGGACCCGGGCCAGAGGUUCCGGAUGGUGCGCUUCUAUGAGGUGGUGGAGAACGCUAUGCGCUGCCUGAGAGGCUGCAGUCUGCGGGGCCUGGAGAGAGCCUUCCACACCUUAGAGACAGUCUGCACCAACCUGCUGCUCUUCCCUUGGAAGAAAGAGUUCCGAUGCAUCAAGACCUUCACAGGCCCGUAUGUCUACCACCUCCAGUCUGCCUUGUGUGACGCUGACCUCCGCUCCCUUUUGCGCUCUAUGGGCUACUCCCGCGACCACGAACUCCAGUUCCAUGUCCGUGACCACCCCGGUGGCCCGGCCCACUUACGGCAGCUGGCCUUCGAGCUCUUCUUGGCGCAGGCUGAGUGUCGACUCCUUGGAGAGGUGGUGGCUCUGGCCCGGGGCUCUGCCUCGGAGCUGGAGGCCCUGGAGCAAAGGAGGGGCUGCCGGGACGAUGCGGCCGGCUGCGCUGAGGUCCUUCGGCGGCGGGACAGCCUGGGGGCCGACAUGGCUCGGCUCUCGGUGCGGCAGGCGGACAUCGGCCACCCCCACCACCUGAGAAGAAGCGGACGGCCGUCCAAGUCGGUGGACGUGACAGACGGAGCGGGGCAUUGGCACACGGCCAGCAAGCCUGUCCUGAAAGCCUCCCUGAGCCUGAGGAAGGAGCCCCUUUUCGUAGACACGGAGGAGGACAUGAAGGACGAGAUCAUCAGGCCCAACACCACUUCCAUGUUCUCUGUGGCCGCUGCACCUUCCUACAGCCCGUCAGCCGACUUCUUCCCUAUCCAGUCCCCGCCCUCAGCCGACACCUACUCCUCCUACCACCUUUCCUCUUUGGAUGAGAUUGAUCUGUACACGGAGAGAGGCGGGCCCGGCGUCGGAGGUCGACAGACACCUUCAAGGCCCCCCUCCCGGGAGCCCCGGGAUGCCAGGGACGGCUGGGUGCUCAAAGCCCACGGCGCGCACUCUUCCCUGGUGGCAAAGUGUCAGGGUUGUGGCCUGGGCUGUGCCAGCCUGACCUCCUGCCCCCGGUGCGACAUGAUCCUGUGCCCGGCCUGUCACGACGUUGAGCCCUCCCCGUGCUGUGGCCUGCAGGACUACCCCGCCCCGAAAUCGCCUCGCCCGUUGGACGGUUACCUGCCCGUCAAAGAGAAGCUGUCGGUGUACUCCAGCACCCACGCCAACCACCCCCACAUGCACCCCCACCCCCUGACCCUCACCCACCAGCACACCCACCCUCACCCGCAGAUGGUGGAGAAGCCCCUCAUGGCCACCAAGCUGUUUUCCAGCAAGUCGGUCAGCGCCGCGGCCAACAGCGACCGAGCGAGCAUGGGCGGAUCGCGGUGUGGCUUCUGCAACAAGCCGGGCGCGUCGCACACCUGCGUGAACUGCUCCAAGGUGUCGUGUGACUCAUGCAUGAGCCUCUAUGCUAAAGACGUGUGCACCCGCAAGAACCCCCAGCACAGCUUUGUCCCCAACCACCAGCUCAACUUCAAGUCUGGAACCAUAUCACAUCUGGUCUACCGAUGAGCUGGGAACAGGCGGGAGUUGGUCUUCUCUUGAUCUCUUUCUUUGUGGUUUGUCAUGCCCCCCCACCAAUCUCCUCCUUUCACUGCUCCCUUUCUAUUUUGCUUGUCUCUCACCCCGCCCUUGUACCUUUCACUGUCCCUCGUUUCCUCUCCCACGCCCUCUGUUGGUUCUCUCUUUCAGGUGUGGCUGUGGAACGCGUACAGUAUAUUAUCAUCCUAUCUCUGCCUUGUGAAAGUUCCGGCUUUUAAAUUGGUUCCUAUUCUUCCGUACGUCUCCGCCCGCUGUAGCUUAGUCACGUGAUGUCGUAGCUCCUCCCGACUCCUUAAAUCUAGUCCUCCACUCCUAACGAAGGGGGGGGGGGGUGUAAGAAAUGCUCUCCAAAUAACACCUAACAAUGACUAUGGUCCUCAGGCAUGGAGAUCCCCCUGGGUGUCGAGGAAACUUCUGGAGCUGCGUGGUGUUCCUUGAGGACAUUUUUAAAACUUUGACGAGGAAACAAACUAACAAGAACAGUAAACUUACACUGGAAUUCGAUAGUAUAUAUAUUUUCAACGGUUCUUCAUUCUGUAGAUUGAUGUGAGACUGUUAGAAGGGUGGGGAUUGGGGUAUGGGGAGAGUCUUUGGGUUUCGGGGAGGUGGGAGGUGAUGCUUUAAAGGGAUAUUUUGAGACAAUGGUCACAUGCCAUAAUAGUAUAUUUAAAAAAAACAAAAAAAACAUUGCCUUGUAAAUGUACCUUCAGAUGUUUUCAGUGUAUGGCUGAGAUUACCAUGCUGCUUUAGAAAUGAACAUGGAGAGGUGUUGUUUUCCAUGGACUCCUUACUGGUAGAUAACCUGUUGUCAUUUAUCUAUUUUUUUAUUAUUUAAUUUUUUAAAUUUUUGUCAUUUAGCAGAUGCUAUUAUCCAGUUUUCUGUCCACCCAUGUCACUUUCAUAUUCCCCUCAUUCCUCUAGUUCAAAGUGUUAUCACACUGAUUACUCACCCAGUUUCUUUUGGAGGGGGCUGUUGUUUUGAAGUGUUAAGCCGGGGACAGCCCCGGGACCAUACAGUCAAGUUCCCUGAGUAGAUGCGUGGCUAGGGUCAUUCUCACACUGACAUUUAAACAUCCCAGGUAGAUGUCUCCUGUCCAGGAACAGAUUCCCCUUCAAAUUCCGGGUGGACAAUCUGGCCUUACGUGAGACAGCAUGCAUUACCUGAAACACCUCAGUCUGUCUACCUGAUAUGUAUAAAGGGAUUCUGCAGUGCACAUAGUCCAGGGGUGAGUUCAGCUCAGCUAAUCGUCGGCCUGCCUGUGGGCAAACGUCACACCAUGAACUAAGGACUGUCAGUGAAUCCAGUCAUGUCAAAGCCUCAGCUCUCCGUCUGAGGUAUCACAGUUUAACAAAGUGACUUGGAGAUGUCAUGUUAUAGGUCAGAAAUGGAGACAACACAGGCCAAAAAUGGGAAUUGUUUCUGACCGGUGAACCCAAUUGGUCACUGCUGCCUUACAUUAUUCAACACCUCCAGCUAGAGAAAAAGGGUGAUUGUUAUCAGCAUCUAUGCACUGUUUCAUAUCAACCUCUAGUCUUAGACACUAAGCCCGGUCCUGGAUCUAUGUAACGUGCUUUAGUAAAAUUUGAUAAAUAUUGUUGUCAUGCCGUAUGCACAAAAGCAUUAUGUGGAAGAUCUAAAUUUCAUACUCUGCCUCCUCCCUCGUCAUCUCCUCAAAAUGAGCAGAACAGCUUGCGAAGAGCAGUAGUGUAUGCAUUUAAGAUCGUCCCUGGGAUGUUGGCUGGACAGAAGACAUGGGCCAUGUCUGAAGUCUGCCUCGGCUGCUACUCCAAGCAUUCUGUGCUUUAAUGGAAUGACCCACGAUUUACAGAGUAGUCUUCGGUAAGAAAGAACGCACCUAGCAAUACAUAUCAGCACACUAGGCAUGUGCUGAUGUGCAUUUACAUUGAUUCCUGCUAUUCAUAUGUGCUGCAAUGACUUACCAGAUGAUUUUAGUGGAGGGUCCUCUUCAAUCACAGAGAUCUGAGCCACUUGGUGGUGUCAAUAGGGCAGCAUGUGUCAUUCUGGGGCACAUUCAUCAAAAGCCAUCGCAUGUGAACCUAAAACCCCAGUGAUUUACUCUGCAUAACCUGUUACUUGUGAGCCAGCUUCGCUGUUGGUCUAUAACCGCUCAUGUCCAGGAGGCACAGCGUUUUAGGCCAUUCAGAACUAGGAAAGGCAGUUAUAGCUGUGAUGGGGUCUGAAUAGGUAGGCUGUUUUCUAAAUUCCAUCAAAGUGUGUAGUUUGCGUGGUCCAGGGUGUGAUUUACAAGAAAGUGUAUAUGAUCUAUUAUUCUGAGCAACCUUUUAGGUUGUAAUAGAGUCAGUUUUAAUGAAGCCUUUUUCCAAAAUGGUUAAAAAUCAUACAUUGAUGUAAUUGCUGAAGUGACUUAUGUUACUUUGGGAAUGCUGUGGAAAAAUGAAUUAGAUUUGUUUUUACCUGUAGGAAGGGUGCUUCUUUUUUGAUUGGGUUGAAAGGUCUUUCCAGAGUGGCCUUAGGGAGCAGUGCAAUUUGCCUUUGACCUCUUCUUUCUCUAGUGAUGUCUCUUAAAGGGCCAGAGAGAUAAAGCCUAAUUGACAUGUUCUAAUUCUUAGAAAUGGUCUCCUUUCCCCCAAGUACUAUCACCAAGGUUCUGAUAAUGCCAGGUGAGAUGAUCUCCAUUUUGUUCUCACCUAUAUAGUGUGUGAUUCAGUCAGACAGACACAGCGUCUGUGCAGUGAAACAUAUAUUUACAUUGCCUGGCUGGCAACAUGUUUAACAUUUCAGGAACCAAAAGGACAGUAAAUAUAUUGCGGACUCUACAGUGAAUAUGACUGAACAAAAGUUGGCCUCACAGUAGACAAGAAAAAUCAAGGUCACUGAAGAGUUGCCGACCAUAACCCUUCGACCACAAGAUUUUAAGUGAAUUCUUUAAAAUGUAUUUGUUCUUUAGGAACCUAUAGUUGGUCAAGGGGAGACAGGAACUUGGAGCUAUUGUGCAAAACCAAUCAAAAUGCCAAAUGAAGAACUAGUAAGCCCAUUUCAAAAUUGAGCUAGGCAGAUUUGAUGCCAUAGUCACAAUUUGAUAGGGUUUAACUAAAAGAACAUGUCUUUGGAUUAACUUGCCUUAUUUAGCUACUGUUUGUGGAGUAGAAUGGUGGAUUACUGAAGAAGAGCACCAGAUAUGGUUGCUGGCCCCUAAAUAACUUUUCUCUGAAUUCAGCUUGUUCUAGUUGUGUUGUAGUUUAAAUUCUAUAGGUGAAUCACUGUAUUACCUGGUGUGCGAUAAGGGCUACUCAAUUGUCAGUCCUCAGAGGCUUUUAACUGGUAGGCAGACUUCAGUAUUCGCUCAGCUGUCUGGAGUUAUGUCAAUGUUUCUAAUUUUAUUCAUGGAAGGCACUGAAAACUAGUUUGUGUGUAUUUGGUCGUCCCAAAUCCACAACGUCACUAUUUUCAGCUAUAGUAUGUCAUUUUUGUCUGCAUUAAUUCUUGUGAAAGUUGCACUAUUUGGGGAAAUAGUAUGCCAUCUGAUUCACCAUUUGUAUUUAUUUUUUCCAACACAUGUAACUUCCUAUAUGACAGGAAUCAAUCACCUCUUCCCUCUGCGGUUAUCUUACCAGUACAAAAAGUAGUGGUUUUGUUUGUAUAGCCUUCCCCCAACCCCUCAAAAUCUCACCCCAACCUGUCCUUGGCAUGCUCUGUAUCUCAUCCUUACCCCCGCUCCCUCCUUUCCCGAGAAAUGCCCUCGCCCGCUGUUUCGCCCGCUGCCCCCCCCCCAUUGACACUGAGGAUCAUCACACAACGUGUGUGUCAUCACUACACGGCCCUGCAGGUGGGAGGGGGAGAGGAAAGAGUGAAAAGUAUAUAUAAAUCUCUCUCUAUGAAAAUGUUAAUGAAUAAAUGAGAUUUUUACAAAAUAG